GAGCCCAGCGGAGCCCUGCAGAGCCCGGCCGGCCUCCAUGGGCUGCGGGGGGCUGCACCCGGACCCUUGGGGCGCGGCACGCCCCUGAAUGCACCGUGGGACGCAGGAGGUAGAGGCGCACCAGGCGGCGCAAGAGACGUCCCGAGCCCCUCCGGGCAGGAACGCAGUCCUAGGCUAAGUGGGUUGCGGGGAAAGCGAAGCGAGCUGGAUCCCCUGGUUCGCAGGACCUCGGACUGCCAGGGGCUGGGGCCUCCGCGCGCUCCUCCUCUCCGGUCCGGGCCCCGCCCCUCCUCCUCCUGAGCUGGGCUGGGAUCCUCCUCCUCCUCCUCCUCCUCCUCCUCCGGGACCUGGGACACAGCGUCGCGCUCUCCCCCCAGGGUGCCAUGGCUUCCCGGCUCCUGCACCGGCUGCGGCACGCCUUGGCAGGCGACGGCCCCGGGGAGGCGGCGGCCAGCCCAGAGGCCGAGCAGUUUCCGGAGAGCUCAGAGCUGGAGGACGACGACGCCGAGGGCCUGUCCUCCCGACUCAGCGGCACCCUCAGCUUCACCAGCGUUGAGGACGACGAGGACGACGAGGACGAGGACGAGGACGACGCGGAGGCUGGCCCUGACCCGCUGCCCCUCGGGGAUGGGACGUCAGGAGAAGACGCAGAACGGAGCCUCCCACCUGAUGGGCAGCGGGGCAGUCAGCUCCUGGCGCGGCAGCUGCAGGAUUUCUGGAAGAAGUCCCGGAACACCCUGACACCCCAGCGGCUGCUCUUCGAAGUGACCAGCGCUAACGUUGUCAAGGACCCGCCCUCCAACUCUACACCCUCGCCGUGAUAGGCCCAGGGCCGCCAGAUUGCCAGCCAGCCCAGAUCUCUCGCCGUUACUCGGACUUUGAGCGGUUGCACCGAAACCUGCAGCGGCAAUUCCGGGGCCCAAUGGCUGCCAUCUCCUUCCCCCGUAAGCGGCUGCGCCGGAAUUUUACUGCAGAGACCAUUGCCCGCCGUAGCCGGGCCUUUGAGCAGUUUUUGGGUCACCUGCAGGCAGUGCCUGAGCUGCGCCAUGCCCCAGACCUGCAGGACUUCUUCGUGCUGCCAGAGCUGCGGCGGGCACAGAGCCUAACCUGUACUGGCCUCUAUCGUGAGGCUCUGGCACUCUGGGCCACUGCCUGGCAGCUGCAAGCCCAGCUGGGCACCCCCUCUGGCCCAGAUCGCCCCCUGCUGACCCUGGCUGGGCUGGCCGUGUGCCACCAGGAGCUGGAAGACCCUGGGGAGGCCCGGGCAUGCUGUGAGAAGGCCCUGCAGCUGCUUGGGGACAAGAGCCUCCACCCUUUGCUGGCACCCUUUCUGGAGGCCCAUGUUCGACUCUCCUGGCGCCUGGGCCUGGACAAACGUCAAUCAGAGGCUCGGCUCCAAGCCCUGCAGGAGGCAGGCCUUACCCCUACGCCACCCCCCAGUCUCAAAGAAUUGCUCAUCAAGGAGGUGCUGGACUAACCCUUGCCUAGAUUUAAGGCCACUGUGAGGAGAGAGGCUGCCCCAGAAUGCAGGGGAAGGACCCAAUGAGGACAGAAUAGCUGGGAGCCCCUAGAAGUUCCAAAAGAGAAUGUGAAGCAGAUCAAGGAAACUUCUGUUGAGCUGGGCUCAGGAUGAGCUUUGGCUGGGGUUGCCCUGGUAUAGUACAGGGAAGAAGUCUGACACGGUCUCUCCAGCUUAUAAACAGCCAAGGGGCUGUGGCACAGGUCAGGGGCACUGUUCCCUUGUUGGUGGGCCCCCAAGCUGGCGAGGCCUCCUGGUUGAAGGCCAGGGACUCUGCCCUGGAGUCCUGGAGUUGAGGGAUGAAGGCAAGGUCUGGCCCAGGGGAAUUAAAAGCCAGCCACUCCAGUGGUAUCAGUCUCUUUAUUGGAUGUGAGAGCCAAAAGGGACUGUAACUGCUGUCUCAGGAAUGGGGAUAGAUGGGAGGUUAUUGAAGCCCCAGGCCAAGCUGGUACCUCUGGCUACAGCUUGCUCUCUGAGACCUGGGGCUUCACUCGGAUCACGCCCUCCUGGGCACAGGUCACAGCUAGGACUCCAUCCUGACGCCACAGCCGCCCAUGGACCAGCCCCCGAGAGCCACCUGUGGGUGAGGUGAAAGGUGAGGAUGGCCUGCUUCAGAACAGCCAAACGCAUUUCUUUUUUUCUGAAACAGAGUCUCACUAUGUUGCCCAGGCUGGUCUCAAGCUCCUGGGUUCAAGGGAUCCUCCCGCCUCAGCCUCCUGAGCAGCUGGGAUUAGAGGCUUAGCACAGCACCACGCCCGACCUCCAAGUGGACUUCUUGAAAAGGGUGUGACCCAGGGCAGGGCUGCCCCACACAAGGGUGCGCUGAGUGUCGUGGCUGCUCCAAAUGCCCCUUCUUGAGCUUAUUAUGGACCAUCAUUGAGGGGUAACUCCUCCCACAGGAACCCCACUUGACAGUUUAAAAGCACUUUCACACCUCUGCUCGCUUCCUCAAAAAGAUCACGGAGGGAGGAGCUCUGAGAACAGUCUCCUUCAACUGCUUGGCCAAGCAGAACUGCUAUACCUCUGGCCACUUGUGUUAGGGAACCUAUUGGCUCCCUGUACAAUAAAUCAAGCCACAUCCUCCAAGUGGUAAUUCAUGAAAAAUAUCCCCACUACCACCACCAAGGGGAAGAAGGGGCUCAGCAGAGAGGAAUUAAAGCCAUGAGGUCUCGCCUCUUCCCUCCCCACCUGGAGAUUCUUUCUCCCUUGCUGGCUUUGGGCCUGAGUUUGAUGUUUAUGAGGAUGAUUGCUGGUUUCCUUUACACAUAGCAGAGCUCACUCAGUUCUCACCGUAGCCAAAGGAAGCAGUUAUGUGUUGUCCAGUUUUCCAGACCAGGACUAAAAUCCAGAGAGGGUCAGGAAUUUGGUUUCAUGAUGAGGCCAAAUCUGAACCCAUGUCCUCACUUCAAGGUUAUCAAUCUUGGAUUGGGAUGCUAUUGGUACGUGAGAGUACCCCUUAUCUGAGUAUAACGAGUCCUUAAGUUUU